AUGAUUUGUCGUCAAAUACAAGCACUAGUCCAACAGCAGCCAAGCAUUAAUGUAUCGGUUUUAAUAGCGGAGAUCAAAAAUCGAUAUGGAUACACACCGACAUAUAGGAAAGUAUGGACAACUAAGCAAAAAGAGGUUGAAGCAACAUUUGGCAAUUGGGAGGAGUCCUACAACGAAUUACCAAGAUGGCUAUCAGCGUUGCAACAGUUUGUUCCUGCGACAAUAGUUGAUCUUGAGACCCAGCCAGCAUACGAUGGACCUUACCUGGUACGUGAUGCUCAAAUCUUUCAUAGAGUUUUCUGGAGCUUCCCCGCUUGCGUGGAGGCUUUCAAAUAUUGCAAACCGGUUGUCCAGAUAGAUGGCACCCAUAUUUAUGGCAAAUACAAAGGCACUUUGUUGUUGGCAAUCGCACAAGACGGUAAUAAAAAUAUCCUGCCAAUUGGUUUUGCCAUCGUGGAAGGAGAAACGUUGGGUGCAUGGACCUUCUUCUUACGCAACCUGCGUUCCAGUGUAACACCACAACAAGGAAUAUGCUUUAUAUCUAAUUGCCAUGAAUCCAUCAAAUCAGCUUUUCGAUCACUUGGCCGUGAGAUGAGUGCUCCUUAUGCGUACCGUGUUUACUGCAUUAGACAUAUCUCGGCCAAUUUCAUGCGUCGUUUCAGAAACAAAGAAAUGCUACGGAUAAUUGUCAAUAUUGGUUAUUCAAAAACCAUUCAAGAUUUUAACUACUGGUACGGUUUACUAUGGGACAACGAUGAAGAGGCGACGAGAUGGUUGGAUAACAUACCGCGGGAGAAGUGGGCUCAAGCGUUCGAUAAAAAAGGGAGAAGGUAUGGUCACAUGACAACCAACCUCGCCGAAUGUGUUAAUUCAGUGCUUAAGGGAACAAGAAACCUUCCUAUAACAGCUAUGGUUAAAUCAACGUACUUCCGACUUGCGGAGUUGUUUGUGAGGAAAGGUGUACAGGUGCAAGCUCAGAUCGCAUCAUUCCUUAUCUUCUCAGAAUCACUAAUGAAGGCAAUCUAA